AUGGUGGCAAAUACGGGUUAUGAGGCCCUCGCGCAACUGCUACGCAGCUGCAGUCAAUCAUUGAUUCAAUCUUCAAGUACCAAGUCCAGCUCAGUUGUGGCAACUCCGACGACUUUUACCACCAUUUCCACUGUUUCCAGUGUUACCACUAUUCCCUUACUUUUCUACUACGGCUACUACCCAACCAAGAGGUCAGAGCACGCAGAGAUUACCACUUUUCUACUACGGCUACUACCCAAUCAAGAGGUCAGAGCACGCAGAGAUUACCACUUUUCUACUACGGCUACUACCCAAUCAAGAGGUCAGAGCACGCAGAGAUUACCACUUUUCUACUACGGCUACUACCCAAUCAAGAGGUCAGAGCACGCAGAGAUUACCACUUUUCUACUACGACUACUACCCAAUCAAGAGGUCAGAGCACGCAGAGAUUACCACUUUUCUACUACGGCUACUACCCAAUCAAGAGGUCAGAGCACGCAGAGAUUACCACUUUUCUACUACGACUACUACCCAAUCAAGAGGUCAGAGCACGCAGAGAUUACCACUUUUCUACUACGGCUACUACCCAAUCAAGAGGUCAGAGCACGCAGAGAUUACUACUAUUCCACUACUACUUUUCUACUACGACUACUACCCAAGCAAGAGGUCAGAGCACGCAGAGAUUACCACUAUUCCAUUACAGAUUCUACUACGGCUACUACCCAAGAAGAGGUCAGAGUACGCAGAGAUUACCACUAUUCCAUUACAGAUUCUACUACGGCUACUACCCAAGAAGAGGUCAGAGCACGCAGAGGUCAUUCAACUACAAACUUCAAGCCCGUGCCCAAGCAGUGGCCAGAGCUUUACCAGUCUUCCAACUAG